AUGGUUCAGUGCUCUAUUUGUGAUAGUGCCAUAUCUAGGGAGGACAAAACUGAUAUAAGUUGCAAUAAAUGCCAGGUUAUAUUCCACGGUAAAUGCUGCAAUCUGGGCGAUAAAGAGAUCGAGACAUUAAAAUAUCAAAAGAAGCUUUUUGACUCUAGUGCAAGUGAGUCUCACCAUACAGGGCAAGCUGGAAUAUCUUCGACCCAUUACAAUAGUUUACUAAGGGGUCGUCUAGAUGAUGGCACUACCAAGAAGACCGGAUCGGUACCAGUUAAGACGAUAAUUCCACUCUUCAUACAACAACUUAGAGUAAAAUCAUCUGCCACUCCUGCAGCUCGAAACAAUCUUUCCAGGAACAUCACAAGAGAUAGUAUCAGAUCGUCGUCAGCCAAAGAUCCCCUAAAGAAUCAGAUCUUACUCAUAAAAGUCCAAGGAGAGAAGUACAAGUAA